CGGCGACCUUGGCGUCGGUGGGUAGCUGACGACGGCGGAGAGGACGGCAGUGGCAGCGGCUGUUACUGCAGUCCUCUUUCGUUGUUAGAUGGAGAGGACGGCGGGGAACAUGAAAGCGCAGCUCCGCACGAGGAGGAGGAAGGUCACGCAGUGCACUGCACUGGAAGGCCCUGGGUUGGACACCGCCGCCAUCUGCGAUAUCGUCGUUCAUGUGUGCUGCACCUUAGGUUGCGGAGCUCUUCCCGGAGCAACGCCGAGAUGGUGGAUGAAAAGGAGGACGGGGGGGCCGUGGGAGGAUCUGCGGCAAUGCGACGACGCGACGGAGGACUACUUUCGGGACAAGCUGCGCAUGUCGCCACGUGUCUUCCGAGAGAUUGCGGAAGCUUUCUCGCCAUUGUUGCAGCGCUGUGUGACAUUCUACACGGAGCCGCUGCAGCCAGAUCAGAUCGUCGUGUAUGUGCUGUACAGGUGGGCGUCGGGGGAAACGUACGAGAGCAGCAGGUGUAUCUUCGGCAUCGGCAGAGCGUCAGGUUUGGUGGCGGUGAGAAACGUCACUACGGCGUUGAUGUCGGUCUACCGUGACAAGAUAUCAUGGCCGGCGGGGGUGCGCAAGUCGGUCGUCCUCCGUGCUUUCGCUGGCAAGAGGCUCCCCAACUGUUAUGGCUGCAUCGACUGCACUCAUACGUACAUCGACAAGCUGGCGAACGCCCCUGGCGAGGACUACUAAGAUCGGAAACGACGUUUCUCGAUCAUCGCGCAAGUCGUCGUUGAUCUGGACUUGCGUGUGUGCUGGACGUCU